CGUGCUCUUGGCCUGAAUGAGGUCAAUAUCAGGGUUACACACUCAGGCAUCUGUUAUACCGAUGUCCAUGCAAAGGAAAAGGCUUGUGGGCUAGGUCACGAAGGCGUAGGUAUAGUCACUGACCUCGGAGCCAAUGUGACAUCUAUGAGUCUUGGCGAUCGAGUUGGUUGGNGGUCUUGCGGCACUUGCUCCAUCUGUGUCGAUGGAUAUCGCCAGUACUGCGCUCAAGCAAGCGGCUUUGCUNUUUGUGAUCAUGAGCAAGGUGCUUUCGCAGACUUUCAUAUUAUCGAUGCCGAUUUUGCAUACCAUAUCCCGGCCGAGAUACCUUCUUGGCAAGCCGGUGUAUUCAUGUGUGCCGGUGCUUCUACGUACGAAGCCCUGGAUGCAGCUGGCACGAAACCUCAUCAUCGUGUCGGUGUUGUGGGUCUAGGCGGUCUCGGUCACAUGGCCAUUCUUUUCGCCCGGGCAAUGGGCUGCGCUGUUACCGUCUUCUCGAGCUCAGUUGGAAAACCAAUGAGCAAAGCCAGAGACGCUUUCGAACUGGGCGCUGACGAGCUUCGAGUCUUGAGCAAGAUCAAAUAUUCCAUCAAACCAAGCACCUCGGGAAGAGGUCAUGAUAUAAUUGACUCCGGACCCGUAUCGCCCAUAGACAUUCUACUCGUCUGUGCUAACGACACGCCGGACCUAGAGAUCAUUCUGCCUUUUCUGGCACGCAGAGCAACGAUCGUCCUCAUGUCGAUACAGGAGAAGUCUCUGGUCAUUCCAUAUAUGCCUUUUAUACUUCCUGGUCACAAAAUCAUCGCUUCUACUGAGGCUUCCAGGAAGAACCAUCUCGCCAUGAUUCAAUUCGCAGCUAAGCAUAAAAUAUCACCCUGGAUAGAGCGAUUUCCCAUGACCGAAGACGGUCUCGAAGAUGCUUUUGAGAAGCUAGAGCGUGGCGAGAUGAGGUUUAGAGGAGUGCUCGAGAUGCUUGCAACUGUAAUAUAG